UAACAUUUAACACUGUAAAAACAAAACGACAAGACAGGAAAAAAAAAAGCAAAAGAUCUUAGAAUGACACUGUUGAACGGCAUUUUGUCUGGAAACAUGAAAGAACAGAGAGAAAUAUUUGAAACUUGCACGACUCAACAAUCAUGUUCCAUUCGCUUAUUACAUCUCAUCCGAACCUCUUUGUACAAUUCUUCAAACAUUAACACCUCAGAAAAUUAAGUAAUAAAGAAAGAAUAACACCAGUGAUGGCACUCCCACACUCCCUCUCUGCCUUAACAACCACAGUCACACUUUCAUCACCGAGAAGCAAACCGCAGAAACUGAAUCCCUUCUUCCCAAAGACCCAGUUUUUGGCCAAAAAAACGAGACCCAGAAGCAGAAGAAACGUUUCCCUAACCCCUGCACGCGUUGCUGCGCCACCAACAACAAUUGAACCCGAUCAAUCAUUCCCAGAAACCGAAAAGGAGGAAAUUGAGGACGAAUUUAAUGAUGAGAGUUCUUCAUCGAAAUUCUCUUGGAGGGAUCAUUGGUACCCAGUUUCUCUAAUAGAAGAUCUGAACCCUCGCUUGCCAACACCUUUUCAGCUUUUGGGUCGUGAAAUCGUGCUCUGGUACGAUAAUUCCAAUUCCCAAUGGGUUGCUUUUGAUGAUAAAUGCCCUCAUCGUCUUGCCCCUUUAUCUGAAGGAAGGAUUGAUGAAGAUGGGAAAUUGCAAUGUUCUUAUCAUGGAUGGUCUUUUGAUGGGUGUGGAACUUGUGUUAAGAUUCCUCAGGCUUUGCCUGAAGGCCCUGAGGCACGUGCUGUUGGAUCUCCUAAAGCGUGUGUCACUAGGUUCCCCACUAUGGUGUCUCAGGGGUUGCUCUUUGUUUGGCCUGAUGAGAAUGGUUGGGAGAAAGCAAAAGCAUCCAAACCUCCAACGUUGCCUGAUGACUAUGACAAACCAGAGUUUGCCACGGUUAACAUUCAGCGUGAUCUGUUCUACGGAUAUGAUACUCUCAUGGAGAAUGUCUCUGACCCUUCUCAUAUUGAGUUUGCUCAUCACAAGGUUACAGGACGGAGAGACAGAGCCAAGCCUCUACCAUUCAAGAUGGAUUCACGUGGUUCAUGGGGCUUUUCUGGAGCUAAUGAAGGGAAUCCACGGAUCAGUGCCAAAUUUGUUGCACCAUGUUAUUAUAUGAACAAGAUUGAGAUUGAUACCAAACUCCCAAUAGUUGGUGACCAGAAAUGGGUAGUAUGGAUAUGUUCCUUCAACGUCCCCAUGGCACCUGGUAAAACUCGCUCGAUUGUUUGCAGUGCUCGAAACUUCUUCCAGUUCACAGUGCCAGGGCCUGCCUGGUGGCAAGUUGUUCCUAGGUGGUAUGAGCAUUGGACUUCAAACAAGGUAUAUGAUGGAGACAUGAUUGUCCUUCAAGGUCAAGAGAAAAUCUUUCUUUCAGAAACCAAGGAAGGCGGCGAUAUUAACAAACAAUACACAAACAUCACCUUCACACCAACACAGGCUGACCGCUUUGUCUUGGCAUUUCGAAAUUGGCUGAGGCGACACGGCAACGGCCAACCAGAAUGGUUUGGUAAUAGCAGCAACCAGCAGUUGCCAUCAACAGUUUUAUCAAAACGCGAGAUGUUGGAUAGAUUUGAACAACACACACUCAAGUGUUCAUCAUGUAAAGCAGCUUAUGAGGGAUUCCAAACAUGGCAGAAAAUCUUGAUAGGUGCAACAGUUGUGUUUUGUGCAACAUCAGGGAUUCCAUCAGAUACUCAGCUACGUGUAAUUCUGGCAGGACUUGCAGUUGUCAGCGCGGCCAUAGCUUUAAAAUUGAACCAACUCCAAAAGAAUUUUGUAUUUGUGGAUUACGUGCAUGCAGAAAUUGAUUAAAAUCAUAUCUCCAAAGGAAUCACUGUUAGUUGUAAAUAGAGUUGAAGACAAACACUUCAUGCUUUAGGAGUGCAAAGGGUAUAUACAACAAAAGAAACUCUAGCUUAUGUUAUUGACUUCCAAGGUAGGUUGUGUGGAUGAUGUUAUGUGUAAUUUAAGUGUUAAUAGUUAGGUGUAUUGAUGUAUCACAUGAUUAUUCCUUUUCUGAUCAAUUUUUAUAUUUUUCAUGUU